AUGAGGGAGAAAUUUCGCAACUCAACUAGUCGUUGCAUUGAAGGAAGAUAGAGAUCCCUCUGUUCCUUCUCCCACUCCCACCUUCCAAAUCCCAAUCCUGUUUUCAUCACUAUGUCUUCGAAUUCCGAGCAAACCGAAUUGCAAAAUGGAUCACCGGAACCUGAACCCGCAGUGCCGCCCACCGAUCCAGAUCCCCAGCUCCCUGAUCCUACGGACCCCGAUUUACAACCACCUGAGGCUGAACGAUCUAGCGAGGUACAACCAGUUGAUGCUGAGGCCUCCAGUUCUGCGCCGGAAGAAGGAAUUGUGAAUGAAUCAAAUGGUGCGGACUCACGCGCAGUGCAGUCGAACAUAGAUGCCGAGGGCAAUCGGUCGUUUACUAUGAGAGAAUUGCUGAAUGAAUUGAAGAGUGGAGAUGCCACUGACAACGAUGGAAAAGAGGUUUAUACUCCUCAUAGCCAACCUAGCUCCGAACAGCAAAUCGAGCAGAACAGUGCUGCUAUGGAGUUGAUUAAUAGUGUCACAGGUCUUGAUGAGGAAGGUAGAUCUCGUCAAAGGAUUCUUACGUUCGCCGCCAGGAGAUAUGCAACUGCUUUAGAGAGAAAUCCAGAGGAUUAUGAUGCAUUGUACAACUGGGCACUGGUCCUUCAGGAAAGCGCUGAUAAUGUGAAUCCAGAUUCCAGUUCUCCUACCAAGGAUGCUUUGCUUGAAGAGGCAUGUAGAAAGUAUGAGGAGGCUACCCGUCUUUGUCCCACACUGAAUGAUGCUUACUAUAACUGGGCUAUUGCAAUCUCUGACCGGGCAAAAAUGCGUGGCCGUACAAAGGAAGCUGAGGAACUCUGGAAACAGGCAACAAAGAAUUAUGAAAAGGCAGUCCAACUCAAUUGGAACAGUCCUCAGGCACUUAACAAUUGGGGACUUGCCCUGCAGGAGCUCAGUGCUAUUGUUCCUGCUCGUGAGAAACAAAAAAUAGUGAGAACUGCCAUCAGCAAGUUCCGUGCAGCAAUACAGUUGCAAUUUGAUUUCCAUAGGGCAAUUUACAAUCUCGGAACUGUACUGUAUGGAUUAGCUGAAGACAUAUCAAGAAGUGGAGGAUCCAUGAAUGGGAAGGAGGUCUCUCCUGAUGAGUUAUACAGCCAAUCUGCUAUCUACAUUGCAGCUGCCCAUGCGUUAAAGCCCAAUUACUCGGUUUACACUAGUGCUUUAAAGCUUGUACGCUCUAUGCUGCCUCUGCCAUAUCUAAAGGUUGGAUAUCUGACAGCACCACCUGUGGGAAAUCCAGUUGCACCUCACAGUGAUUGGAAACGCACUGAAUUUGUGUUGAAUCAUGAAGUGCUCCAACAGAUUAAUGGAGUCGAGCAAAGACAUUUCUUACCAAGCCUUUCACCAAAAUCAAGAGAUGAGAUCAGUAGAUCUUCCAUAAGAAUUGAAGUCCCAAAUAUUAUUUCUGUAUCAGCAUGUGCAGAUCUUACGUUGCCACCUGGUGCCGGCUUGUGCAUUGACACAAUUCGUGGACCUAUUUUCUUGGUUGCCGAGUCUUGGGAAUCUAUGGAUGGAUGGCUUGAUGCCAUUCGAUUAGUUUACACCAUUUUUGCACGGGGUAAGAGUGAUGUUUUGGCUGGUAUAAUAACUGCCUAAUUUUGUAACUGUAAAUUAUGAGUGGACACUGCAAAUAUUUUCUGGAGGCCUUCUAUUAGUUUAUGAACCAGCACGAGUUUGUUGUUCAUGUAGACUUGUAUACUAGUUGAUCCAUUGCUAUAAAAUGAGGAAGGUUUGCGGAAGUCCGUCAGUGCCAUUGUUCACAAUAAUACUACUGAUUAUACAAAUGCUCAGAAUCACCUAAUCCGAUAUUCUUUGGCUCCUCA